AUGACCAAGCCCCGUGUUGGAAUCAACGGAUUCGGCCGCAUCGGUCGUCUGGUGCUUCGCGCCGCCGUCGAGAAGGACUCCGUGGAAGUCGUCGCCGUCAAUGACCCGUUCAUCAACGUCGACUACAUGGUCUACCUCUUCCAGUACGACUCGACCCACGGUCGCUUCAAGGGCUGCGUCAAGCACGAGGGUGACUACCUCAUCGUUAAGAAGGAGGGCAAGAGCGAGCACAAGAUCAAGGUUCGUGUGGAGACUUACAGGACAGAAAAUGAGAUGCUACUAACCGUAAAUACGAUAUAAUUCGGAUCAAAAGUCAAUUAUGGAAAACAAAGUUUCUGAUUUCUUAGCGUAAAACUCAAAUAUCGAUACAUUAUGAUGCAAAAGCUUCCAUUGCGAAACCUUGAUGCAAUCAUUUCAUUUCCAGGUCUACAACGCCAAGGACCCUGCUGAGAUCCAAUGGGGAGAAGCUGGAGCCGAAUACAUCGUUGAGUCGACUGGUGUCUUCACCACCAUCGACAAGGCUUCCGCUCACUUGAAGGGAGGUGCCAAGAAGGUAAAUUCGUCAAAUUGAAUAUCAAUUCCAAUCAUUUUUCAACCCUAGGUCAUCAUCUCGGCCCCGUCCGCCGAUGCUCCGAUGUUCGUCAUGGGAGUCAACCACGAGAAAUACAAUGCUGCCAACGACCACAUCAUCUCCAACGCUUCGUGCACCACCAACUGCUUGGCCCCAUUGGCUAAGGUCGUCAACGACAACUUCGGAAUCAUCGAAGGACUCAUGACCACCGUCCACGCCGUCACUGCGACCCAGAAGACCGUCGACGGACCUUCUGGAAAGCUCUGGCGUGAUGGCCGUGGAGCUGGACAGAACAUCAUCCCAGCUUCUACUGGAGCCGCCAAGGCUGUCGGCAAAGUACCUGAUCCCUAAGCAAAGCCAAAAACAUACAUUUUCUGUUCAGGUCAUUCCUGAGCUCAACGGCAAGCUCACCGGUAUGGCCUUCCGUGUCCCAACUCCGGACGUUUCUGUUGUUGAUCUCACUGCUCGCUUGGAGAAGCCUGCUUCUCUUGACGACAUCAAGAAGGUUUGAUGAGAAAAUGAGAAAACGGAAGUCAUUGAAAAGUUGCAGGUGCUCAAGGCCGCUGCCGAGGGACCGCUCAAGGGAGUCUUGGCGUACACUGAAGACCAAGUGGUCUCCACCGACUUUGUGUCUGACUGCCACUCGUCGAUCUUCGACGCUGGCGCUUCGAUCUCGCUCAACCCACACUUCGUCAAGCUCGUCGCUUGGUACGACAACGAGUUCGGCUACUCCAACCGUGUCGUCGACCUCAUCUCACACAUUGCCACCCAAGCAUAA